AUGUUGGCCAUGUCGACACUGAUGAUGCCGGCCCCGACGAUGGCCCUCGGUGCGCCGCAACUCGCCGUCGGACCGCACCAGAAGCCGCCGGAAGCGAAGCUUCUGGCCAUCCACCCAGCACACACGCAAGCCCAAACGACUCCCCAGCAUCAGUUGCAGCAGCAACAACAGCAACAGCAGCAGCAGCAACAGCAGCAGCAACAGCAACAACAGCACCAGCAGCAACUUCAACAACUGUCCGCUAUCAAGCAAGAGCACUAUCACAUAUUCGUCGGCGAUCUGAGCCCGGAGAUCGAAACGCAAACCCUGAAGGAAGCCUUCGCCCCGUUCGGAGACAUCUCCGAUUGUCGCGUUGUUAGGGAUCCUCAAACAUUAAAAUCGAAAGGAUAUGGAUUUGUUUCGUUCGUUAAGAAAACGGAAGCGGAAAAUGCAAUUGCGGCCAUGAAUGGGCAAUGGCUUGGUUCGAGGAGUAUUCGAACCAAUUGGGCUACUAGGAAACCGCCGGCAAGCAAGAACGAAAUCAACGCCAAGCCGCUUACUUUUGAUGAGGUGUACAAUCAGAGCAGCCCGACGAAUUGCACCGUCUACUGCGGCGGUAUCGGUGGCACACUGGCUGGUGGUUUGAACGAAGACAUACUGCAGAAGACGUUCUCCCCGUUCGGAACCAUACAAGAGAUUCGCGUGUUUAAGGACAAAGGCUACGCAUUCGUAAGGUUCUCUACGAAGGAAGCGGCUACGCAUGCCAUUGUCGCCGUGCACAACUCCGAGAUCAACUCGCAAACGGUGAAAUGCUCAUGGGGCAAGGAAAGUGGCGAUCCGAACAAUGCCCCAACCCUGGCCAGCCAAGCCCUCAGCCAAACCGGGUUUCCGUUCAACACUGCUUACGGACAACAGGUUGCCGGGUAUUGGUAUCCGCCUGCACCGGCAUACCCAGCAACGCCAGCUCCGGCCGCAACUCCUUUACAAGGCCAGUUCCUGCAGGGCAUGCAAGGGUAUACCUACGGUCAGUUCGCUGGCUACCAGCAGGGCUACAUGGGUAUGGGCAUGCAAAUCCCUGGAGCCUGGCCAACAGUGCCGGCCCAAGCGCAGCUACCGACAGCCGCCCAGCAGAUCACGGCCCAAGGCGUUGGCGGGGCGCUGCCUCAGACGGCCGGUGUAGUCGCCUACCCGAUGCAGCAGUUUCAGGUGAGCCCGCCUCAGUUAGCUGAAGACGAAUGGUUAGCGCCUAGUCUUCUAGUGUAGCUUCCCUGAUGGCCAUCACUGUGCGGCUGUGUUUCACAGCGUAAUUAGAGUGCAGAAGAAACGUUUAAAGUUUUAAACAAACGCACGAUAACCAGAGGCGCAGAGUGGAGAGAGGGGCAAUUAGGAGUAGCAUGGGAAUCGUAUAAAAAACUAUACAUGCACAAAGCAUAUGCGGUUUGGUGGGUGGUACAAACUAGUUCCCAAAAAAGUGCAAAUCAGUUGCGUGGCGCACUACCACAAUGAAUUUGAAAUCCACACGAAAUGGGCAUACAUAUUCGCGGAAGGGCAAAAGAAAAACACAAAAAAACAUACAAAAACACUAAGGAAAAAAUAAAAAAAAUAAACAAAAGAAAAAAGUAAAAAGAGAAAUGGAGUAAGGAACCGUGAGCCGAAUUCGAACAAUGUUCGAGCUCGACUAACAUUGUUCGAAAGAAACACUAAACCACUAAUCCAAUUAAACGUCAAUAACUGUGGCACUUGUGUUGUGUGUGUAUGUAUGUGUGUGUGUGUGAAGCUCAGCACAACGCUCCAAAAUGAACAAAAGGACCCGAGAUAGAGAACACUAAAUUUU